AGCGAGCCUCGUCUUACUCGGCACUCAGCUCUGAAGGAUGAGGUCCUUAAAGCACCUGAAGCCUCACAGCAGGAGGAGUGUGGAGGAGGCGAGCCGGCGCCUGGGUAGAUGUGAGCCCAAGGUAAUGGCCAGGCUGGUGGACACAGGCACACAAACAGAUCCAGUCGUCGUGCUGUCCUUGGCCCAGGCCGCCGUGCUAGGUCUCAUCUCCCAGAAUGAAGUCUUCGGCGCUACCAUCGCACCCAACGGCUUCUACACCGGCGAAUCAAAAGAGUCUCCCGCACCGCCAGUAGACGGAGUGGACUACGAGUACGCGGACCAGCUCAUAGGCGCCAACGGAGAUUACCUCGGAGACAACUUAACUGAAGACGGACAGAUGCAACCCAGCUGCAGCCAGAGGAGGUGGCAGCAGGGGCCUCCUCAGCAUCCCGAUGUGAAGAUGGUGUUGCCUGAGCGUCACAGGCCUCAAGCAGUUGACGGGACCGUGUGUCACAUCAAAGGGGAAGUGGUGAACUCUGGUAUGAGCUCCUGUGUUCAUAUGCUUAACAAUAUGGCUCCCAGAGGGGGUUUAAUUCAAGUGGACCCGGCCACCCUACGAGGGACCAACAAGAACUGUGCAGAGUGUGAGCGUGAGGCCUCCAACCAGCAGCAAGCCAACACGCACGUCCACCCGCCUCCUACUCAGGUGCCCCACAGAGGAGGGGAGCACAGGGGACUGCAGGGCCAGCGCCCCCUCGGGGGUCAUGGUCGAAGUGUCCGAGAGGAUGAGGCGGAAGUUGAUCACCAGGGGAACAAUAUGAUGAAGCCGAGCCAACAAGAUGAAGCCAUCAGCAGCUACUUCCAAACCAGCGAAGUUGGCAGCUACGAUUCGGGGGAAAUCGCCAUGGGGACUGAGUACGAAGACAGUAACCAGAACAUGAUGUGGACGGAUGGGAGCGGGGUUGGGCAGCAGCAGCACCAGCAGCAGCCUCAGCAGCCGCAGCCCCCUAGAAGACACGGCGGCCGCAGGGUGGACCGACUGGACAUCAACAUCCAGAUUGACGAGUCCUACUGCGUGGACGUGGGGGAUGGUCUUAAGCGCUGGAAGUGCCGAAUGUGCGACAAGUCUUACACGUCCAAGUACAACCUGGUCACGCAUAUUCUGGGCCACAACGGAAUCAAACCGCACGCGUGCCCCCACUGCGGCAAGUUAUUCAAGCAGCCCAGCCACCUCCAGACACACCUGCUCACCCACCAGGGCACCCGGCCACACAAGUGCACCGUGUGUAAGAAGGGCUUCACGCAGACCAGCCACCUGAAGCGCCACAUGCUGCAGCACACCGACGUCAAGCCCUACAGCUGCCGCUUCUGCCGCCGCGGCUUCGCCUACCCCAGCGAGCUGCGGGCGCACGAGGUCAAGCACGAGCGCGGGCGCUGCCACGUGUGCUCGCAGUGCGGCCUGGAGUUCCCCACGUACGCCCACCUCAAGCGUCAUCAGGUCAGCCACCAGGGCCCUCACACCUUCCAGUGCACCGAGUGCAACAAGUCCUUCGCAUACCGCAGUCAGCUCCAGAACCACCUGCUGAAGCAUCAGAGCCCCAGACCUUACACCUGCUCGCAGUGCGGAUUGGAGUUUGUGCAACUGCACCAUCUACGUCAGCACUCGCUCACACACAAGGGCACAAAAGGCCACAAGUGUGAAGUAUGUUCGCGCGAGUUCACACUGUCUGCCAACCUCAAGAGACACAUGCUCAUCCACAACAGCGUGCGGCCCUUCCAGUGUCAUGUCUGCUUCAAGAGCUUCAUUCAGAAACAGACACUAAAGACCCACAUGAUCGUCCACCUGCCCGUCAAGCCCUUCAAAUGCAAGGUGUGUGGCAAAUCUUUCAACAGAAUGUACAACCUGCUGGGCCACAUGCAUCUGCACGCUGGCAGUAAGCCUUUCAAGUGCCCCUACUGCACUAGCAAGUUCAACCUAAAGGGCAACCUCAGCAGGCACAUGAAGGUCAAACACGGGAUGGACGUGUCCCCUGAAGGACAAGAGGUGCUUCCGGAAAUGGACAACCAGGGGGAAUAUGAAGGUCAGAGCUUCGGCUUCACGUCGCCCGACAACAUGGACAAUAGCGGUUCUCAGAACCUUACCAAGCUGACCACGGCCAACAUGGAAGACAUGGAGGACUAUUACAACUUUGGCAAGGACACCAACGCCUACGCCACACCGUGAACUUGCUGGGAAAGAACUAACGCGCAGAAUAAGACGAGUGACUUGACUCUCAAGGAGAAGACUGUGAAAGUUUGUGUUGUAUGCGUGGAUCAAUAACUACAAGAAAAGGCCAUUGAUUGGACUUCCUGUUAAUCACAAGCGUAUAUUUUUGGACUGUAAGGGCCAGUUAGGCUAUGUAAUAACUGCAGUAUACAUAUUUGAUACAUAACUACAGUACACAUGUUUGAUACAUAACUACAUGUUUGAUACAUUGUCACUAUAUUCUUUAGAUUGCAAUGCACUUAUGAACAUAACAAUCCUUACAUGCACUCUCUCCUCUACCAAUGAGAUACAACACAUGUGACUUUAGCUUGACAUCAAUAGUCUAACCUGUGUAGUUAGUUGCUAUACCUGUUUUUUUAUUUUUAUUUAUUUUGACAGUUUUUGAGCCAAUAUAAAGCGAGCUUUCGUAGAGGAAGAUUUUUGUUUUCCUUUUUAAGGAAGCCUGUCUUCAGUAAACUGGAGGGAAGCAGACUGUAAAAGUCCAGACGGUCUUAUGAACUCUGUAGGGUUGGACAUUUGACUCGUUUGAAGUGCAAACUGAGGAGCAUUUUUCUUCUUUAGUGUUUGUUUGGAGUUUAGGCAGGUUGUUGUUUUUUUUCUUCACUUUCAAUUCAAUAGGAGAAAAAUAUUCCAAGUGUACAUUCUGUAUAUGUUAUAAAAAAAAUAGUGUGAAUUGAAAGUGGACUAAAUAUGAUGGUCCUGCCUGCUCCUCAUGAUUCUGUUUCGGGGAGGUGGGCUCCCCCUGUCCUGCCAUGCAGGUCAGUCCGCUUUUUUUUGAUGAUAAAAGCAAAAGACUAGUUCAACAUUAUCAAACUAAAACAUCAUGGAAAUUUGACCAUGAAAUAUUUAAUAAUAAAAAAAUCUCUAGUUUAAAUGAACAAUAAGCUUGGCUUGUCUGGAAUGUCAUCAUUUAG